UCUGCGAAAAUUUCAAACCGUCAAUAUUUAUCGUCGAUUUGCCAGUGAAAAUCCCAGUUCUUGCCCUUGUGAAACAUUGGAAAUCCACGUGCCAUAAAGCUAGGUCAUUCCGAAAUUGUAAUCCUUUCGUAUUUAAGUGAUAUUAGUGCUCAAAACUCCGAUAAACCAUGUCGACAAGGGCGCGGCGUGCCGCUACCAAGGCACCGAUCGUAAUCGAAUCCGACUCCGAGUCGGAACAGGAAGAUAGCGAUCCGGAGGGAAUCUUUUCGAGUCCUGACAUGCCGAAGAAGCCCAAAGGUCGGGUGACAAAACGUCCACGGACCGCCGGCAGCGACGAUUCCGAUUUCGACGAAAGCAAAGUGGCGGAGCUGAAACCACCUGUGAAAAGGAAAAGUGCCGCAAAGGCUGCUGAUAGUCCGGCAAAGAAGCCGAAGCCGGAGCCAAAACCGAAGGCAGUGAGGAAGCCGAGAGAGCCGAAGGCUCCCAAGGCACCGAAAGUACCCAAAGCGCCGAAAGCACCCAAAGCGCCGAAAGCACCCAAAGCUACAGGAACAAAGCGUAGUCGGAAGAAGGUUGAAGAACCGCCCGUUGGAGAAAACGCAGAAGUUAAAGAGGAAGUGAAGGAUGAGGACGUAGAAUUACUAGACGAAAAACCGGUGGAAGCGGUUCCGGAGCAAGUGAAGGUGGAACAAGAUCCAUACAAGGCCGAACCUGGCGAUGAGAUGGAUUCUAUGCCCAAGCACAAGGCCGAACCUUACGAUGAGAUCGAUUCUAGGCCCAAGUACAAGAAGCGAGUUAGCAUGUCGGUUAGAGAUCAGUGGGAAGAUUAUGAGCUUCUAGCUGAGAUGCAAAACAUUGAUCGGCAUACUGCUCGCACGAUAAUAAAGUUGUUCGACGAGGAGAAUACGAUUCCUUUUAUUUGUCGGUACCGGAAGGAACUGAUCGGAGACUUGAGCCCUGAUGAUUUGCGUGACGUUAAGCAAGCGUACAGUCAGAUUCAAUCGAUCAAAUCCAAAGCCGAUACCAUUAUCAAGAAUCUGGAGAAGGAAGAGAAGCUAACGGAAGAUAUUAAGCAAGAUCUGUUGUGCGCGAAAACCGUUGACGAGUUGGAUCACAUGUACGCACCCUUCAAACCGGCCAAUAAAGGUUCUUUGGCUGACAGGGCCAAGGCUCUUGGUUUGGAGAACAUUGCAGAAGGGAUUCUUAUAGGAAGUCUACCGACAAUUGAUUUGCCGGAACUGGUAAAACCGGAUAUUGAAGGGCUUGAAACGGUAGAAAAGGUGGAGGAAGGGAUCAAGCAUUUGAUGGCACAUAACUUUAGCAAGAAUACUGCAGUGCUGGAAGAGAUUCGAAGACUCAUUACAAAAUAUGACAUCAUGUUAAGCUCGACUCAAAUCACAAAAUCGCGCGCCGCUCGGGAGAAGGAAGAAGCAAACAAUAACUCUAAAACUGGUCUCAAACGAAUUCCCAAGAAGGUCGACGAGCACAAGUUUGAGCAUUACUUCAGCUUCAAUUGCUGUACCAAAUAUUUGCGGUCGCAUCAAAUAAUGGCUAUCAACCGGGGCGAGAACCAGAAGGUGCUCAGUAUUAAGCUACAAUUUAAGGACAAUGUGAAGGGUGAUUUGUACUGGUUCCUCAAAAGGGAGUACCUUCAGGAGGGGACGGCAUCUCGCAAGAGAACGGAGUUGUUCGAGUCGUCCUUCGACGAGGCGUUUAACAAGAAGUUGGUCCCCUUGAUGAGCCGCACCGUUCGAUCGGAUCUUACCAAACGAGCUGAGAAAGCAUCCGUCGAAGUAUUUGCCAACAAUCUGAAGCAACUGCUGCUCACAGCACCGGUGAAGGGAGAAAAGAUUAUCGGCAUCGAUCCGGGCUUCAGCAACGGCUGCAAGCUGGCCCUCAUCUCCGAGUGCGGAGAUCUGCUGGAUACGGCCACGGUUUAUCCUCACAUUGGCGGCGAGCGGUCCAAGGUAGCUCCGGGCAUUAUAGCCAACAUGAUGCGUAAGCAUGGUUGUGCUUUGAUCGCACUUGGCAACGGAACCGCUUGCAGGGAAACCGAAUCGAUGCUCUCCUACAUGAUGGACGAAGGAAUUCUGGACAAACGAUUCGUCCGGUACAGUAUUGUGCCGGAACAGGGCGCAUCGAUUUAUUCCUGCAGCGAAACUGCCAAAAAGGAAUUCCCCAAAAUGGACGUCAAUCUGAUCAGUGCAGUGUCAAUCGCCCGCCGGCUGCAGGACCCCCUGUGCGAGUACGUAAAAAUAGAACCGCGCCAUCUCGGUGUCGGAAUGUACCAGCACGACCUCAACGAAAAAUCCCUCUCGGAAACGCUAGAUGAAGUGGUGAUGGAGUGCGUGUCCUUUGUCGGUGUAGACAUCAACACAGCUUCCGUUAGUCUGCUGAGCCAUGUUUCCGGAUUGACGGCCAAACGGGCCGAACACAUCGUUUCGCAUCGCACCCGCAACGGACCAUUCCGAAGUCGAGAUCAGCUGCUGAAGGUGAAAUUCAUCGGCGACAAAACAUUCACUCAGUGCGCCGGUUUCAUACGCAUCGAACCACUAACUGCCGGCAUCCGGGAAUACAACCUACUUGACUCAACGUGGGUUCACCCGGAAAGUUAUGACCUAGCGGAAGGCAUCAUCACCAAAGCAGGUCUCUCUAACAAAGAUAUUGGUCGCACAGAUUUCAUCCUGGCAGUUCGAGAUUUCGCUUAUCGUACGCCAAAAAAUUCGUUGCCGGGCAUGUUCGGCCACCCGAUAGAGCGAAUCGAGUGCGUUCUGUCGGCGCUGCAACGGGAGCUGCUAAGAGAUUAUCGAGCUGACAUCAACAAACCACCAAUGUUCAAAAAGGGGCUCACCUCCAUGGCAGACCUGGCAGAGGGAACCGUUCUCACCGGAGCGGUGAACAAUGUCACCGAUUUCGGCGCGUUUGUCGAUAUCGGCGUGGAAACCAAUGGACUAAUUCAUCGCAGCAAGAUGAACGGGAUGCGCGUCAACAUCGGCGAUCAAGUGGAGGUGACGGUGAUCUCGAUCGACGUGGGCAAAGGUCGACUGGGAUUGAAGCUGGAGAAGAUUAUGUAGGACUCCUCCCCGGUAGGUACGCAUCACACUGACUCAAGGUAGUAGAUUUUAGGCAUAGAAUUCGCAUGUUGCGUAAAACCGAACAAUGAACUGUUGCAGCCUAGUGGCUUGUACUUAGUUGAUAUUUCGUUUCUUCGAAAAUCCUUGAACAACUAGUUGAAUAAUG